CUCUCUCCUCUCUCUCUCUUUCUCUCUCUCUCUCUGCCUCCACUGUGUCAUUUGGAAGUCUGAGCCCCACGCGGCCACUUCACCGGCACGUCCAAAAAGACAGCCCCGGGAUCAAGGUGGUGGAGGAGGAGGUGGAGGUGAGGAGAGAGAGAGAGCGAGCGAGAGAGAGAGGGGAGGGAGUGAGUGAUAGAAGAAGAAGAGGAGGAGGAGGAUAGAGAGAGAGGAGGGGAGAGAGACAACAGAUCCACGUAGGGAAGCACAUGGACAGAACAUUUAGUUCCCGGGAUGUGAGAGGAGAGAGGCUCUUGAACUGAACAGUCGCGGGUGAGAUAGCAGCACGGAGGCGGAGAGAAGAAGAAGAACAAGAAGAAGGAGAAUAAGGAGAAGAAGAAGAGCACGGGCGACUUUUACCGUGUAACGCCCUAGUGCAGAAAUGACCACUGAUCAGGAUUUACCUAUGGAUCCCAGGUCAGCCACAGCCAUAUUUGCUGCAAAGGGCAUUGAUAUAACACCCAACAAAGACCAAGGAGUCAUCAAGGUUGUGAAGCGUCCAGGAUUAAAUGGAAACCAACCGAUGAUUGGAGACAGAGUGACUGUACACUACACUGGAAAGCUGCUCACAGGGAAGAAGUUUGACUGCAGUCGAGAUCGUAAAGAACCUUUUUGCUUCAAUUUGGGAAAAGGACAAGUCCUAAAGGCGUGGGACAUCAGUGUGCUGUCCAUGCAGGAAGGAGAGGUGUGCACGUUACUGUGUAAACCAGAAUACGCUUACGGAUCUUCUGGAAGUCCCAACAAAAUCCCUCGCAACUCCCUCAUAGUGUUCGAGAUGGAGCUGCUCAAGUUCGAAGGAGAGAAGCUCACAGAUGACGGCGGCAUCAUCAGAAGAAUAAAGGUCAAAGGGGAGGGAUACACAAAUCCCAAUGAAGGAGCAACUGUAAAAGUGCACCUGGAGGGGAGCUGUGGUGGUCGGCUGUUUGACUGCAGGGACGUCACCUUUGUUGUCGGUGAGGCUGAAGAUAAAGGCAUUCCGCUGGGAGUCGACCGAGCCAUGGACAAGAUGCAGAGAGGAGAGUGCUGUGUACUUUACUUACAACCAAAGUAUGGAUUUGGAAGCGAAGGUAAAUCCGAGUACAAAGUUGGACCAGACAAAGACCUUGUUUACGAAGUUUCCCUCAAAGAGUUUCAAAGUGCUAAAGAAUCCUGGGAAAUGGAUUUGAUUGAAAAGCUGGAUUUGGCUGGUGGAGUGAAGCAUAAAGGGAAUCAGUAUUUUAAGGCUGGGAGAAUCUUCCAGGCCGUCAUCCAGUACCAGCGCAUUGUUUCCUGGCUGGAGAUGGAGUGUGGUACUGGGAUGGAUCAGCAGAAGAAGAUACAAGACGUCAUUGUGACGGCCCACCUUAAUUUAGCAUUGUGUUUCCUGCGGAUAAAGGAGUUCUCCCAGGUAGUGGAGAACUGCAACAAGGUGAUUGAGAUUGAAGAGCACAAUGAGAAAGCUCUGUAUCGUCGUGGGGAGGCACGUCUCCAACGCAACGAGUUCAGCCUCGCUCUGGUAGACUUUCAGCUCGUGCUUCAAGUCAACCCCUCGAAUCGAGCGGCUCGGGCUCAGAUUUCCGACUGUCAGAGCAAGAUGAAGGAACAUCACGAACAGGACAAGAAGACCUACGCUAACAUGUUCCAGAAAUUUGCUGAACGGGACGCCAAGAGUGGGAGACCGAAGAGGAGGCGGAAUGACAGCACGAGGAGCAGCAUGAACGGAGAAGUGGGAAUCAAACGGCGGCGGAGUAGUCAGGACCGCCCGUCGUACCAGUGACACUUGAAAGGGGAGAAAAGACAAGCCUUGCUUCUGCUUUCCAAGCCCAGGCAGCAGAGGCAAGGACAAAGUCAAAUAAAAGCCUCUAAUCCAAACCUCUUUAUCCCAAAAUCCAGCGUCACCAUUUCUGCAUAUAAAACAGAGUGUAAGCAGGAACAUUUCCAAGCCAAACAGCGUCUCUCCUGUCACAUGGACUGUGCUACUGCCAGGACGCUCAUCCCUGUGGAUUUAGUGCAGCAGAAUCAGUGAAUUAAGAUUUGGUGAGCUCUUCUAGCCCCAUUAAAAUAUAUCAAGUUUCUCCAGAAACACAGAGGAGUUCCACUUCCCUUGUCUUUAGGCUGUGUAGUGCUGAGAUGUGCCUCGACAGUGUGUUUCUGAUUCCAAAACUGCACUGUCAGACUUAUAUUUGGUAUUAAGCCUUUUCUUGGGCAGCUGCAUGCAUGUGUCACAAGAUGUUUGGGAUUCAGACUUGAAACUUUGCAAUUUAUUUUUUAUUUUUUAUGUGCACUAUGUACUUUGGAUAUAAGGUAAAAACAUCCCGAUAGAUCACUGUUGUGUUAAAGGAGAACACGAUAAAUUCUAAGACGUAAGAAAAGUAAAUAACCAUCAAUGUUUUGCUUCGACAUUGAGUAUAGACAUUCAAACAAGCCUGAAAUCAUUUAAUGAUGGGAAAUACCGAAAAAAGACAAAUCAAGAACUUACCAAAAUUAAAAUCUCCUUCACCCACGAACGUUCAAUAUCGUGAGAAAUAAACAGAAAUGUUCCUCCUCGUGUUUCCAAUCAGCAAACAGCAGAAGCAGAGACGAGAGACUGAAAAAAGCACAAACUACUAACAUAUUUACUGUGUUUAGUAAGCGACUACAUAUAAAGGUAAAAUAUUUUUUUAAUGCCUAUAAAAGAACUGUUAGCAAGAUUAUUUAUAGAAAUACAAUUCAAAUUUAGCAGUUUGUUUUUGGGCAAGAACGAGGCAUUGUUUCUGGCUUGAGUUAGACCACGGUUGUGCAUGCACUAAAAUAAGUUAUUCAUGAAUACAUGCAUGAUGGGCCAUUAUUCAUUUGUUGUACUGUUAUAUUUUGUCUCUAAAACCCAGAAGAUAGUAAAAACAGCAGAUGAUAGACGUCUAUGGGCAUGAUAACAGAAAAAACAAACAUAAUCUAUAUGGACUGAUUACAAUUUAAACCGAAGGCAGCUUAAAAAAUCCUUAAUCAAAAUUAAGCGCAACUGUAAAAUGAUAUAUAUAUAUAUAUAUGUUGAUCUAUCGGCUAACAGCACAGCAAUGAUUGUCAGCGCACACACACUUUUAAUAAAACAAGUGAACACAUGCUGCUUUACCUUUACUGUCAGAAAAAUGUAUCAUCUGUUUCAAUCUUACCUCGAAGAGAAGGCAUUUGAUAAUGAAAUCAGCCCCAACCCCCGGUGUUGUGUCUGACAGGGCGGCCCCCCCGGUGUUGUCUGUGUGCGUGCAGGCGGAAGACGGACACACAAAUUACAACUAAGCUUUAAAAUCUUCAGAACCACAGUUUUACUCUCAGUCUUUCAGAAAUUUCAGCAUUUUCUUUCAACUCUGGUAAUGUGAUCAACUCCAUAAUUUCACAUCGGUGCCGUUCUUUUGUUUUUGCCUCAGUCCCAGAAAAGGUGUCUCUUGAUUUCACUGCAUCUAUUUUGUGUUUUAUUUUAAUUUUAUUUUUUUUAAACGUGUGAAUGUCAGUGGAUAGUGGACAAUGAUGCACUUUGGUGACAGUAAAACCAACACUUAUCUUUCAUGAAAAUGUCUGGAUCAAAUCCGGACAAUAAUCUCAAGCUGUUUUAUAAUGAUCGGUUGGUUCAGAAUGAAAACCUUAGCUGUCUUAAAUAUUUUGUGUAAAAUGUCAACCGUGUGUAUGUGUGUGUGUUUAAUAUAUAUUGUUGUAUGCUAGCAAGGUUUUCAAACUGCUUGUUGCUAAAUGUUUUCAAGUACUGCUGGCUCUGAACAUUCAAACAUUUUGUACAGUGGAAAUGAGCAUGAAGUACUUUUUUCCUUAGGCGAUCAUACAGACUAUUUAUCCCCCUCUGUCGACUGCAGAUAGAUUUACAGGCCUCUUACUGCUACUUUCAUCACUUUGUAAAUUUCAGGAAUAUUUUUGGGGAGCUUUGACAACAACAAGCAGGAUAACAUGCAGUGGGUUCAACUGCAGCCUGACUGAUGUGAGCUUGGUUUUAUUAGAAAGUGAAGUGUUACUGUUUGUCAUAUCAAAUGUUUAAAAUGUAUUCAAAAGAUCAUUGCCCUGUACAGCAAAGUGUGAGCGUUGUUUUAAACCAGCAUUUAUGCAAAAGAAAUAUUUUCAGACAAAAAAAAACAAGGUACCUUUGUUCAUGUCUUCUUUAUAUAGUUUUUAUUUUUUUGCACCUUGAAAGCAUUAAAUAAAUGCAAGAGUUGCAUUUAAAGAAAUAUGUUAUUAUUUAAGUUACAGGCCACUAUUUUACUGUAAAAUAUCUUCAGACAUUGGUUUUGCCAUUACAGCAAUAUUGCCAUAGAUAUUGUUAAAUAUGAAAAAACACAAAGGAGUUUUUGAGAGAAAGAGAUGAAAUCUAAAAGAAAUUGAGUAUGAGUUGAAGUGUAGACUAACCGAACUAUCCAAUAUAUAAUGGCCAUUUUCUUAAUUGCUUGAUUUUACAUCUCUUUCCUGAAAUAUCACAUUUAUUGGUCUAGAUGCAAUUGUAUUAUAACAAAUAUAAAUUAAAGUUGUAUUCUUUCAUCACUGUAUUUUAAUGGUACGAAUAUUCCAACUUUAAUACAAACUUUUGACAUUGCAGAUCUUAAACAUAGACAGUUGUUCUCAUUCAGGUUUAACCCAUUGCUCCUCUCCGGUCAUGUGUACAAGCCAAUCUAAGAUGCAGAUGCAUGAAGUUUGGGCGGCUGUGGCUGAGGUGGUAAAGAGUUCAAUCAUCCUCAGUCAUCCCCAUCUGCAUGCUGAAGUGUCCUUGGGCAAGAUACUGAACUCCUAAACGGCCCCUCAUAGAUGUUGAAUGCAUUAAUUGUAAGUCGCUUUGGAUAAAAGCGUUCGCCAAAUGACAUGUUAUAAUAAAAAAAGUGUAUUACUUUUCCAAAACCUGCAAUAACAUACUAUUGGCCACUUGGGGGCAGCUGAAACAAAGUGUGAACACACAAGUGACAUAACUUCACCUCUUAAGUUGAUUAGGGGUCAAACAAUAUGUGGUUUAAGUCUAAUACUGAUGUUGAUUAUUAAUAAUCAGGACAACCGAUUGAAACCCGACAUACAUUUGCAGUAAGAAUAAAAAUCUAGGUGUCAAAAUUUUGAAUAAUAGAAAUCCGAACUAAAACCUACCAUGGGCACCUUUAUAUUAAUAGGCGAUAAACUAAAUAAUAAUAACUGACAAUAACACUAACACACAAAAUGCAUCCUCCAACAGGAUUGUACAGUUAAAUCAACAACUCUAAUCCGAAUAAAAACUAAAUAUUGUAACCUUGA